AACACUGACACAACUGAUGUAUAACAUUUAAACAAACAAUUAUCUAAACUGCCCCCAUUUUCUGCGAUAAAGGUAGGUAGAUCACGAAAGGGAGACAAAAGGCGAUAACUGAUUACAAGAGAUCUGUGUCAAUUAGAGGCCAGGCAGGGUCCAUAGUCUUUGUUGCCGCAGCCGUCCAAAAAAAACCUAAAGAAAAAGGGAGCGGAUAUAAACGGAAAUCUGAGCGGAUAAUCUCUAACGUUGGGAGUUUUUCAAUUAGCAUACUCCCUUAACAUCCUAUUUAAAUUGACAGUGGCUCUGGGGCUAUAUAAACGGACGGAGUAACUCGGAGGGGAUUAUUACACCUAAGAUUAGGAGAGGAUUUAACUUCAUUCAGAAAGUUUUUAUUUUCACAGCAUUUAUAUUGACAUGUGAUUCUGUGUAUGAUCAGCACAUUAACAGAGGUGGCAUUAGAAGAAGGCUUAAUGGGGAGUUUUUACAGGAUAGAUUUUCAUUGAGAUUGGAACGUAUGCUAGAGAUAUUACUUUUUACGGAUUUUUAUUGCAAGAUUGCAUAUUUAGAAGUAAGAGUGCGAUGAUUGAUAAAGACUGGUCGUUCUCUCAUUGAUUCAGAUAGCCACAGGUGCUCGCUUUGAUGACACGGACUUUUAGGUUUUGCCAGACAUAUGACCCGCACUGAACUGAAGGUUCUGAUACUAUGCGUGGGCAUUUUCCCUCUUCUAUUAACUAUAUAUAAUAUUGGAAAAUGUGAUCUUACAGUUGAGGAUGAUAGAAUAUUAAGGGAGGAAGUUUCUUCGCACAUCACCAAUGAGUUUGAAGCCUCAGUGGGGUUUCAGCCCAGGGUAGCCCAGGCUUACAACCACGCGAAGAGGACCAAUCCAAUCAAGUAUGAAGAACUGGAGUGUGUCAUUAAUGGAGACUACUCCGUAAUGGGGAGAAAAGAGGGCAAAGAUGUUUACAUGCCAUUUUCUUUCAUCCAGAACUAUUUUGAGGUGUAUGGCUCCCUGGAGACAUCAGAUGGAUAUGAAAGAUUUUCAUUCCACCACAGUUAUCAAGAUACAUUCCCUUCUGGUCCUCAACCGAAGUACCAACCCAGCGGUGUCUUCAUGUCCUUUGAUCAGUAUAGUGUGGAGGACAGAAAUAGGGUUAAAUGUGUAUCAGGCAUUGAAGGUGUUCCAAUAUCCACCCAGUGGGAGCGCAAAGGACACUAUUACCCAAUACAAAUAGCUCAAUACGGCCUAAGUCAUUACAGUAAACAUUUGUCACAACCUCAAUCCAAAGAAAAAGUUCUGGAAGAUGGAGAGGAAACAGAUCUCUCUGACUGGCUGCUUCCAGACCGGAAAUCUGAAAUCCGCGGCAAGAUGGACGACAGAAUUUUAAUGGAUAAUGGAGUGGUGGAAUUUCAAGCAACAACGAACCAGAAAAAUUCUGGAAUCUGUAGAUCCACCAAGGAAAAGAGACUGUUGACUUUAUCCAUGGAUAUUAUGUUUAUAAAUAAUGGAAGUGUUACAGUAUUAAUUCAGACAGGAGAUGGAAAUUUGUACCGUAUUCAUUACGUGCUUAGUGAUAAUAUAAUCAAAUUAGAGGGUAAAGACCUUUAUUAUGGAAUUGGGUCGCACAAGAAAGGAAAAUGGAUUCACUUAACGAGACAAGUGAUGGUGGAUUUUCAAAAAGGAUUAACAUUACGAUUUUCCAAAAAUCGAAGUAACAAAAUCAAAAGUGCAGCCCAUAUUGCAGGUAUAUGUGUUCGUGGUCAUGGUAUAAUGGACAAUGUGACCCUUCGUAGCCAUGCACAUAAGGAUUUGUUUUUUGAUGCUGCAGAUUAUUUUGUUCGGCAUCAAGAUUCUGAGGGUGGUUGGCCAGUGAAGGUGACACGUAAAUUAAUUCCAGGAGUCAUGGAACUAGAGCCAGGAUGGUAUUCUGCCAUGGGUCAAGGGCAGGCCAUUUCUCUCCUUGUACGAGCAUAUGUGGCCUCUAAAGAUAGGACUUAUUUAGAGACAGCGGGUAAAGCGUUGAACAUUUUUGACAUUCCAAGCUCCGAGGGUGGAGUUCUAGCAAAAUUUCUAAAUACAUAUGACUGGUAUGAAGAAUACCCAACCACACCCAGUAGUUUUGUGCUCAAUGGAUUUAUUUACUCUUUACUUGGUCUCUAUGACCUUAAAGAAAUAGCAAUAGGUAGGACCAGAGAAAAAGCAGCCGAGCUGUUUGAAAAAGGCAUGAGGACGUUAAAAGCAAUGCUGCUCAUGUUUGAUUCUGGUACAGGGACGUUUUAUGACCUUCGACAUAUCACAUCAGGACUUUCACCGAAUCGUGCACGCUGGGACUACCAUAAAGUUCAUAUUAAACAACUGUAUAUACUAGUUGAAUUAGACAAUGAUCCGCUCUUUUAUAAUACUCUUGAAAGAUGGAAAGGAUAUAUGAAAGGGAAGCCUGCACCCCACAAUUAGUUUUGGGGAUAUUUACACGCUUCUUGAUCAUGAGUUGUCACAAGUUCAAUGCAUAUUGUAUUGUACAAAAUUAUUUCUGGUAAUUGUCAAAUUUUAAGACAACAUUUUAAGGGAUGAAAGUGCAUUCAUCUAAGUACCAAGUGAAAAUCCGUCAAAAUUCUUUUCCAAAUUUAUACAUAAAUUACACAUCCUUUCUUUGAAGUUUUUGUUUUUCAAUAAAAGAGACCCAGCAUGAACCAAAGUGCUAUUGAAAACAAUAUUAUCAUUGUUCUAGUUUUUGAUUAUUAGAAGUUUUGCAUUUGAAGUACACUGCCUUUCUUGUACUUUCACCAUCAUGUGCUAAAAGAAAAAUGUGUGUUCUUUGGUAUAAGUGCAAUUUUGUGUAUAUGCAUGUGUAUAAGCCAAAUUUUGUUUCUAUUCAAGUAUUUUAUUGUAAUUCUUUUUCUGACGUUGCUAUUCAAAUAUACAAAUAUGCUAGCAAUAUUUUUUUCAUUUCAUUAUAAAGAUAUCAUUAUUUUCAAAUUUAUUAUUAUUUUUAACGAUUACUGACUUCGAACAAAUAAACUGGAAAUUGACAAAUUGAGAAAAAAAUUUUUACUGGUUGGGCUAGUAAAAUGACAUGAAGUACUUGAAUGUAUUUUUAUAAGUGUUUCAUAUUUCAUGCUGUAAAAAAUUGAAAGGAUCCUUUGCAUAUUGCUGUUAUCACAUGUAUUGUAUUGGUAAAACAGUAUAGUUGUGAAAGAUUCAUUUUUGCAUGAUCUUACAGUGUACAUUUAAAAAUGCAAUGAUAUUGUUAGGAAAAGUGUGAGUAUGCGAGAUAGUUCUUUCAUUCCUUUGUUAAACUAUGUUUCAGAUAUGUUGUUUUUUUUAGUGACAUUUAAAACACAGUCAAAUAAAACGGUUAUAUUAUG